UGGGGGGCGAUGCCGAGGGAAGCUGUCCCCUCAACCCUUCCCUUUCCUUCCUGGGGAGGGGGCUCCCCAGCCAGGUGCACCUGAGGCUGCCAGGGAGGGGGCGGGAAGAGGUGAGGCCCCAGGAAAGGGAGUCGUAGGUGCCAGAAGGCCACUCCUGGGAGGCGGGCGUGGGGGGCAGAGGUUGCUUCUCCCUGGCCAGGCCCGAGGAGAAACCCAAGGAGCUGCUGACAUCUCGCUGCUUUAGGGGAACGGCCCGCGGGGGCUCCACGUUGGUUCUCCGGGUCCUUGAAGGGUAAAGCGGAUGACAUCAUGGCAAAUUCCCAAACCGGAUCGACCCGGCUCGAGUGACGUCCAGCAGGGCUGGGCCGGCCUGGACAGCGCCGGAGGGCCUUGCUGCCAGCUGGAGGGUCUGGGCACCAUGCCCUACGGAUCAGCGCUCUGGGGGCGGAGUUCUGCUCCACUCGCCCCCGGCGCGGACUGUGCCCUACGCGGGCACGCAGGCAGGCAGGGUAGGGCCAGGGCUGGGCUUCUGUGGGCCAAGGAUCAAGGUCCUUCCCUGGGUUAGGCCCCCAAGCAUUCCAGUCUUCCGAACCCGGACUCUGCAGAGGGCGCCGUAGAGCCCCUCAGCAGAGCGCUACAACUCACGCCGCCCCCCUGGGAGGUGGGGCCUGAGACAAUCCCCGCCCUGGGCGGAGUCAUCAGGACCCGAGACCCACCGUCAAUGCGCUCGCUCCUCCGGAGCAAGCAGUAGGGGCGGAAGUGAAGAAGCCCCAAGAGGGAGGCGGCGACGGAAGUGGCUGCGCUACUGGCAGUCGGUGCGCAUGCGUCAUUGUGCUCCUGCACUGCCGCUCUUCGGCUUUUAUUUCUCCCGCUUUUUCUAAGUGAGGGUCAGUUCCCGGCGCUGCUGCUUCUCUCGUGGCCCGCUCACGAUGGCGGGCAUCCUGUUUGAGGAUAUUUUUGAUGUGAAAGACAUUGACCCGGAAGGCAAGAAGUUUGACCGGGUGUCUCGACUGCAUUGUGAGAGUGAAUCGUUCAAGAUGGACCUCAUCUUAGAUGUAAACAUUCAGAUUUACCCUGUAGACUUGGGUGACAAGUUCCGAUUGGUUAUAGCUAGUACCUUGUAUGAAGAUGGUACCCUUGAUGACGGUGAAUACAACCCCACAGAUGACAGGCCUUCCAGGGCUGACCAAUUUGAGUAUGUGAUGUAUGGGAAAGUAUACAGGAUCGAGGGGGAUGAAACAUCUACUGAAGCAGCAACACGCCUCUCUGCCUAUGUGUCCUACGGGGGCCUGCUCAUGAGGCUGCAGGGUGAUGCCAACAACCUGCAUGGCUUCGAGGUGGAUUCCAGAGUUUAUCUGCUGAUGAAGAAACUGGCCUUCUGAACCUGGUGGGAAGCCAGCUUUACCACCAGGUCGCUCGGGUUCUGGACAUUCGAGUCUGAGCGGAAGUUGCUGGGGUCCUUGUUGAGGAGGGACUGGCUUUCUCUCUGCUGCGGAGCAUCUUCAGCAAGCCUGGACUCAAGGAGACUGACUUGCCCAUGAAAGACCCAGUGAGCGAGCCGAAGAUGAAUCAGCAGUUGUUUCGUGUACAUGGUUUUUAAAAUUGAAAUCUCACUUUUUCAAACUUCCCUUACCCCUUCUUUUAACAAACUUUCGUUUCCUUUAAAAUGAUUUCCCCCCUGAUUUGUCUAUGGUGUGUUUCUGGCCCACAGCCAGAUGAUCAUGUAUUGAUACAGCAUCUGUCUUGGCCUUUUGGUACCAGUGUAAGGUUAUCUCAGUCUCCUGGCUCUUUCCAACAUUUACCCUCCAGUGCGGCUUUUGAUCCGGGAGGAAGUGUGCUUUGGCUCCUGAGGAUAGUACCCCAGGCCCGGAAGAUACCACCCAUUUGGCAAAGAGUUUUGGAUUGGCAUGGAGCCCUGCUCCUGUCCUUCCAGCACUUUCAGUCUCUUAGGAGUCGCUUCACGUUGAUGUGAAUGAGUCACUCGCAUGGGCUGGGAAUGUUCAAUUUUAUGGAGGCUUUGGGUGGAGGCCUUUAGACACAGGCGUGGAGUCUGACGAAAGGAAGAAGAGUGGACUUGGUGGCUGUGGAAGCAAGUGGAGGAACUGUCUCUGCCCUCCGCUCCUGGGUGAUCUGGGAAGCAGGCUGAGUGGUGAUGGCACCGACCAGGGAGCUGCUGUACGGACCAGUGAGGUGGACAGGGCAGCAAUACCAAUGAGCUUGGCAGUCCAGUGCCAGGGCCCGGGACAAUGCCCCGGCUUGACUGCAGUCACUCACUCGUAAGUGGGAAAAGAAACAGGUUAAGGAAAUGGUGGUCACAAGGGCCCCGGCGUGUGAGCUGACUCUUCAGCCUGGCACUAGCGUUCCCUGGGACUCUUCCCCUGGGAGGUCAAGGUAAUAGCUCAGAAAGAUUCUCUGAAUUAAGCACUUGUCCCUUGAUACCCUGCUGUGCCUGCUGGGAUGCCUGUGGUGUCUCCUUCCCUGUCAUUUUCAGUCUUCACAGGAGCUGGUAGAAACAGUAGGGGAGGAAGGUGUUUGUGUACCUUGCCCCAGGUGGUGGGGGAUGGAGACACAGUGAGGUUGGGAUGAAUUUUUAUGGAAUCUUAGAACUUUUCCAUGGGUCAUAUCUUUUGAGGGGUUGGAGGAGGACAGAUUUGUAUUCAGUGUGAGAACCUAAUUACUAGUAAUAGUUUUUAGGAUAUCAUAGCAGGUUUGGGCUGACCUGGGGUGGCAAAUAAAGAACUGCUUUAAAUAGAAUAGGGAUGAGUGUUCUGAUUGUAGUGUGUGUGUGUGAGGUAAGAAGGGAUGGAAGCAACCAGAUGGGGUGGUUUGGGAAUGGGUUACAUCCUUUUUCUUUUUUUCCUUUGGUGCUUGGGAAUUGACUUCAGGGCCCCACACAUCCCCCAGCCUCAGGUUAGAUGACGAUGAUUUUUUUAUUUUCCCGUUUUUUGUUUGUUUGUUUGUUUGAGACAGGG